CUUUGUUAUGUUCAGCUACUACACUUCCCAUAGUUCCUUUGUGAGUGGCCGCUGUGCUGGAUGACAGCUAUCCGGCGGCGCCGAAACACCGAUAGACACUCAGACGAAAAAGCCAUGGCGGCCACGGGUGGAGGGAAAAUUAGAAGCAGGAGAUAUCAUAUCGCCUCUAAACCUUACGCCAAGAGUAAACAGCAGCAGUCAGGCCUCAUCAGUCGAGUGACGGACACAGUAAAGAGCAUCGUUCCUUCCUGGCUGCAGAAAUACUUCAAGAAUGAAGAUGCUCCUGAAGGAGAAGGGGCUGUUUUGGGGACAGAGCGGAACUGCCAGCCACCACCUCCUCCUAAUGGCAGCGAAGAGGGACCUCUUCCCCUCGAUGGACGUGACUCCCCAGAGCCAAGCACCAGUAACGCAGAGCCCUCAACCAGCCGGGCAUCCUUGAACUUUCAGGAGUAUGUUCUAUCUCGACCUCCUCUGAGUCGUUCUCACCUCCACUUUCCCCCGCUGGAUGCCUCCUCCCCGACCCUGGGGGCCGCCAGCAGCCUCUUUUCCCAACCAUCCACAUCCUUAGCCCCUGGACCCUUUUCGACAGGCUUCUCUUUGGUCAAAGAAAUCAAAGAUAACCUCUCUCAGCACGAAGAUGAUAACAUCUCCACCACUAGCGGCUUUUCCUCCCGUGCCUCAGACAAAGAUGUCCCUACUUCCAAAACGGCAUCACUUCCCCAACUUUGGUCCCCAGAGAUGGACAGAACACAGUCUGGGCCUCAACAUGCCCAGUCCAGUAUGAAAAGGCCUGCUUUCAACCUGUCUGUAUUUGGAACUUCCUCCAAUUCAUCAUUAAACAGCACAGUGCUCAACUCCAGCCAGCUUGGAGAUUCACCCUUCUACCCCGGGAAGACCAUGUAUGGUGGAGCAGCUGCGGUCAGAAGCGCUCGCGCUCGUCCUGGAACACCGUACCAGGCCCCAGUAAGGAGACAGAUCAAGGCCAAACCUGCUGGUGCUCAGCCCUGUGGGGUGACGAGUGCCACAGCCAGACGCAUCCUUCAGUCCUUGGAGCGCAUGUCAAGCCCGCUGGCUGAUGCCAGGAGAAUCCCAGCAGCAGCUGCCUCCCCCCUGUCAGCAUCAAUGGAUGGCACAAAUCUAGAUGUUUCACCUUUUCAGUCGAAAAAAAAACGUAUGGAUACCACCCUUCCACCGGUGCAGAGGCUGGUGGUUCCUGCUGCAGUAUCGGUCUCAGGAAACCGCUCUGUCUCCUUCAGGCCAACGUUGACUCCUGGAGGAGUGAGCCGAACUCUGGACAGAACCCCAAAAGACACGCCCAAAAGACAAUCACCGCAACUACCUGAAGCAACCCCAGGUCCAUCUCGAAGCACAAUGGGUUCCAGUAUCCCCGCAUAUCCUCUGUCCAGUACGCCUGCAGCCAGCAGCGUGAGCUCUGGAGGGGGCAAGAUGAAGAGAGAGAGGACCACUACACGGCCUUCCUCUAAACACCCUGAAGAGGAGGAGGUGUGUGAGGUACUGGACCUACCAACCAUUUCACUUCCCAUCAGCACCUCUGCCCUGCCCACCUUCAGCUUCUCCUCCCCUCUUCCACCUCUCACCACCUCCACCACCAUCAUCUCAGCCCCCGAUCUCACACCUGUGACUCCCGCUAAGGAAACAGUCACAAAUAAGGAGCCAACAACGACAUUGACACCCCUCUCCGCACCGUAUACAUUUUCCUCCCCUAUUGUCAAAGCAACUGCUGCUAGUCCUCCUUCCUUUUCCCCCUCAGCUGGGUUCACAUUUAGUGCACCUGUAGCAAAGUUAGCUCCCUCCAUGUCAAACGGGAAGCUGGCCUCUCCCAUAGCGGCUGCAGUGAAGUCAGUAGCUAGCAAAAGCACAGAAGAUUUUGAAGGACCCUUCAAACCAGCCAAGACCCUGAAGCAGGGCAGUGUGCUGGAUCUUCUCAAAGCACCUGGCUUUGCCUCUCCUGUUGUUCGGACUUCCCCCAGACCAGACAACACUCUUGUGCAGAUCUCCCCACAAUCCACAGCCCCCUCCUCAACCACCUCAACCACCACCUCCCACUCUUCAACAGUGUUUGGCAAUGCAUUCAAAGCCCCGCCAGGCUGGAGCUGUGAUGUCUGCAUGGUGCAGAACAAGCCAUCAGAUACCAAGUGUGUUUGCUGUACAGCCCCACAGCCCAAUUUCUCCUCUUGCAAAUCUAUGGACAAUGAACCUUCAGCCACCACCUCGGUUGGGCUCGAGAGCAGCAGCAGCAUGAACACCACCUCCGCCACUACAACCACUGCAGGUUUUGGCACAAUGUUCUCCAAACCUGCAGGAACUUGGGACUGUGACACAUGUCUUGUCCUAAACAAACCUGAAGCAGUAAAGUGUGUGGCCUGCGAAACGGCCAAACCAGGGACAGGGCUUAAACCCUCACUGACUCUUCCUUCUGCCUUCACAGCUGUUAAGACUGUAUCCACACCCACAGCCCCCCUUUCUACAGGGUUUAUUGGAUUUGGAGACAAAUUCAAAAAACCUGAGGGUGCAUGGGAAUGUGAUACAUGUUUGGUAGAAAACAAGGCAGUGGACACAAAGUGUGUGGCCUGCAUGAGUGCUAAACCAGGAGCUUCAGCUGCAUCCUCUUCAGCCAGCAGUGCUCCAGUGUUUGGAUUGGGAGAUGCAUUCAAGAAGCCAGAGGGUGCCUGGGAUUGUGAUGUCUGUCUUGUACAGAAUAAGGCUGUUGAUGUACAGUGUGUUGCCUGUCAGGCAGCCAAACCUGGAGUUAGCGUGGAGCCCAAAGCUUUUGGUUCGUCUUUUGUUUCAUCGGCUGGUGGGACUUCAGGCUCUAGUUCUGGAGGUUUUAAGUUUGGCACAUCAGACAGUACGUCUGCAUCUGGUUUCAAGUUUGGAGGCUCAUUGACAGAGUCCUCAUCGUCAGGGGGAUUCAAAUUUGGAGUCCCAUUUGGAAGCUCCUCCUCAGAAACAACUUCUAAAGACACUGCUGCCUCAUCAGGGUUCAAAUUCGGCAGCUCAUCUGAGGGCUUUAAAUUUGGGACUGCCUCUAGUGAUGACAAAAAGUCAGACAAACCUGCCACAGGUUCUGGGUUUAAGUUUGGAGCCAGCGGUGGGAUAGCAUUUGGAACUGGAUCGUCUAGCACAGAAAAUAACUCUCCUAAGGGUGGCUUCACUUUUGGACUGUCAAAACCGGAAGAGAAAACAUCAGACACCACUUCAUCCUCUGUUAGUGUCACUCCUCCGGCUUCCUCUCAAGAGAAAAGUGACAAUGCAUUAUCAUCAAAUGACACCACAUCCACCAACUCCUCCACCACCACUACCACAUCUACCACCACUGGGUCUGUAUUUGGAAGAUUGGGGGAGCGAAGUUUAGCAGCCACAACACCGCAAGGUGGCUCUACGUUUGGAUCCUUGCAGGCGGACAAAGAGUCAGCUGCUCCCACAUUUACCUUUGGGAAGCCAGAGGAAAAGAAGGACGCCACUGCCUCCUUGGCUCCAUCUGCCUUCCUCUUUGGUGCUGCUAAUAAAGAUGGAGAUGCUGCACCAGCCGCCUCAGGAGGCUUUUCCUUCACCAAGCCCAGUGCCCCAACAGAACAACCUCCACCUGCGUAUAAUUUUGGCAAGCCAGCAGACAAGAGUGAACCGUCUACCGCUGAGGCCCCGAAGCCCUCUUUUCCCUUUGGACAAAGUGCUACAGAUUCUUCUGCUGCUCCAAAAUCCGCAUUUUCCUUCAUGGCUAGUAAUCCCACCAACACCGUCAACUCCACCACCUCGUCAUCCACCACCCUGACACCCAGUCUGUUUGGUGGCAGCAGCUCCACUCAGGCUCCUGUUCCUUCUGCAGCUACUAGCAAUUUCAUGUUUGGUCAGCCUGCUGCAACCGCAAGUGAUGCUCCUCCAGCUAAAGCCUUUGUCUUCGGCCAAAGUCAGGACAGCCAGCCGGCUGCCCCGCCAGCAGCUCCUCUGAACUCUACUCCAGCCCCAUCUCAGCCCUUCCUCUUUGGUGCUCCUGCCAGUGCUGCUGCUCCUCCUCCAGCUGCUGCUCCAUCCUUCGGCUUUGGAGCAACAGCCGCCCCUGCUGCCGCUGCCUCCUCUUCAGCUCCAUCUGCAGCUCCCUCUCCAUUUGCAUUCAGCUCGGCCUCCACUGGUGGAUUCGGGGCCAACCAGGCUCCUUCAUUCGGUUCAUCUUUUGGAUCCCCCUUCACAGCCACACCUUCCCAGCCCCCAGCAUUCGGAGCCAAACCCAAUGCCGCCCUUGUCUUUGGACAGCAAACCAACCCCACACCUGUAUUUGGGGCAGCUGCUAAUUCUGCACCAGGUGGAGGCUUUCAGUUUGGAGGAGCCAGUGCAUUUGGAGCCACAAACAAUGCCUCAGGAGGAGUGUUUACUUUUGGAGCAGGAUCAGCAGCUUCUCCUGCCCCCCCAGCCAACCCCUCCAUCGCACCCCAGUCAGGACCGCCUGGAGGUGGAUUCAACUUUUCACAACCCCCUGCAUUCAGUAUGGGGUCAGCAAAGUCCUUCACCGCCUCUCCUGCUGGACAACAAGCGAUUGCUGGGCGAAAGAUCAAGACUGCGGUGCGACGCAGAAAGUAGAGCCCAGUGGACUCAACUAUAAAGUAGACUUGACUUUGCCCUGACUGUAUCCCCACUGAAGGCUGAAUAAAGUCCUGGAAAGGUCUCAGCUAGACAAACACUGAAAUGACUUGGCAUGUGAAGAAGGGCCGAGGCUUUGGGCCACUAGGUGCUCGGGCUGGACCGUUUGGCCUUGUUUUAGCUGUAGGCUGGGCUGAUUAUUCACAGGUUUUCACAUGUAGACUGGAGCUAUUAAUAUGUGAGACUAAUCCCACAGGACUUCACAUGGAAAAACUGUUGACUGAACAAU